AUGGCGGAUGAUGCUGGGGUGAUGGAUUACAUUAAUGGGAUGGGGUGUGCAGGGAGGGAGGGUUGCAAACUGCUGCAAAAAAAGCUGUUGCAGCAGAACCCAGACAUCUAUUUGGGAGGAAAACAGGCUCUGAAUGAAGACAACACAAACUCAGGAUUUAACCGUGGACACUUGAACCCCAAUGGACAUCAUGCAGUUCCAAGUCGUAAUGCCACCUUUACCCUGACCAAUGUGGUGCCUCAAAACUCAACACUGAAUCAGAACGCUUGGAACAAACAUGAGUCUAAACUGACCAGCUUGUUCAAUGCAAACUGUCAUCAGGCUUAUGUACUGGUUGGUGCAAUUCCUUCCUCUAACUGGAUCAUCAAGAACAGUGUCAAAAGAGUCAACAUCCCAGAGUACACCUGGAACGCUUACUGCUGCGUCACUCAAAAUGGCCGCCCUAUCCUAAGUGGUGCUGCAACUGCCCUAAACACAGAGCUGAAUGUUGUUGUAGAACGCACCUUAGAUGAGAUGGUCGACUUCCUUCAGCAAUUUUCUGAUGCACCGGUGAAUGAGCUAUUCAACGUCAAUGCAAAUCUUAGAGUCUUUUAA